AUGGAGAGCAGAGAGCAGACGGGACAUCGACGCAAGAAUCUUCACUCAAGAACCAAAGGAAUAGUCAAUAUAUAUGAACCAGCAACAUCAUGGAGAGCAGAGAGCAGUGGGGAAAACUAUAAUGAAGACCCAGGCAACCGGGGCAAUAGAUUAAUCCCUAAAGAUGCCUGUAUUGCUCAAGCGAAAUCUACACUGGGUAUCUCCAAGGGUCCCCUGCAUAACGAGAAAGAUGCCAAAUGGUGGAAUAACAACACCAAAGCUACAGUGUCUGAAAAGAAACGCCUGUUCAAGAAAUGGCAAGAGAGUGGCUCAGAGGAGGAUAAGGUAGAGUACAAACAGGCUAAAAAGAUUGCAAGAAGAUCAGUUGCAAUUGAGAAGGAACAUGCAGACCUUGACCUUUAUCGGCAACUAGAACUAGCUUCGGACACACAGAUAUAUAGAAUAGCGAAGCACAGGCAUAAUAGCACUAAGGACUUUAGGAUUACAAAGUACAUCAAAAACAGCAAAGGCAUGCUGCUAACAUCUGAUAAAGAUAUUUGUAAAAGGUGGUACGAGUAUUACCAUACAUUGCUCAAUGAGGAGUUCCCCAGACAGGCUGAAAUCGAAGAACCAAUAACACAAGGACCCAAAAUGACAGCGUUUGAGGAAUUCGGUGUUCUUCCCGAAUUGGGGAAAGCUAUAGAUGAAAUGGAUUGGACUCUUCCAACUGACGUACAGGCAGAAGCUAUUCCAUUAAUAUUAGGUGGUGGAGAUGUGCUUAUGGCAGCAGAAACCGGUAGUGGAAAGACUGGUGCUUUUUGCUUGCCGAUAUUACAAAUAGUAUGGGAAACGUUAAAAGAUAUUCAGGAAGGAAAAACCAGUAAAGUAAUUCAGCAGAGUUCAACAGAAUGGACGAUGUCUUUUUUCGAUCGUACUGAUGCUUUAGCUGUUACUCCUGAUGGUUUGCGAUGCCAAUCUAGGGAUCCAACUGGAUGGCAUGGUUGCAGAGCCACCAAAGGAGUGCACACUAAAGGUGCUUAUUACUACGAAAGUACUGUUACCGAUGAAGGAUUAUGUCGUGUUGGCUGGUCUUCACAAGCGGCAAGGUUGGAUCUCGGCACAGAUAGACUUGGUUAUGGAUUUGGGGGCACAGGGAAAAAAUCGAAUUCUAAGCAAUUUGAUGACUAUGGUAGUGCUUAUGGGAGAAAUGAUGUUAUUGGAUGUAUGUUAAACUUAAAUAGUGGUGAAAUUCGUUAUACCAAGAAUGGUGAAGACUUAGGUGUAGCCUUUAAGCUAGACCAAUCUCGUCGUGCUGACUGCUAUUUUCCAGCUGUUGUUCUUAAAAAUGCUGAAAUGAGUUUCAACUUCGGAGCAGCACCUUUUAAGUACCCUCCAGCAGCACCAUAUGUGGCAAUUAGCCAAGCACCGAAAGAGUAUGUGAAGCAAAAUGUAGUAUCCAAUGUGGCUGCAACUGGAGCUAAAGUUGUUAAUAACGCACCGCAAGCUAUAAUUAUUGAGCCCUCCAGGGAAUUAGCAGAACAAACAUGUACGCAAAUUGCUUUGUUCAAAAAACAUUUGAAUAAUCCUAAAGUGAAUGAAUUAUUGGUCGUAGGAGGUAUUAAUAUUAAGGAUCAGAUUAACCAACUGAACUCUGGAGUCGAUAUUGUGGUUGGUACUCCAGGUCGACUUGAGGAUUUAAUACAAGGAGGAUAUCUCGCAUUGACUCACUGUCGAUUCUUUGUUCUGGAUGAGGCUGAUGGUCUCCUUAAAGCUGGCUGUGGAGAAUUAAUUGAGAGAUUACAUAGACAAAUUCCAAAAAUUACAUCAGAUGGUCGACGACUACAGAUGGUUGUUUGCUCUGCCACUUUACAUGCUUUUGAAGUUAAGAAAAUGGCAGAAAAAUUAAUGCAUUUUCCAACAUGGGUGGACUUGAAAGGUGAAGAUGCGGUGCCCGAAACUGUGCACCACGUCGUGGUCAAUGUAGACCCACAAAAGGACCGCAACUGGGAAACUCUGCGCAAGCAGAUUACUACAGACGGCGUCCACUCUAAGGAUAAUAUCCGCAGCGGAAACACCACCCCAGAGACUUUAUCUGAAGCUGUGAAGAUACUUAAAGGAGAAUACUGUGUGAGAGCCAUCCGAGAGCACAAGAUGGACAGAGCAAUAAUCUUCUGCCGAACAAAGCUGGACUGCGAUAACAUGGAGCGCUACCUGAAGUCGUUCGGCAACGAGUUCUCGUGCGUGUGCCUGCACGGUGACCGCAAGCCCGCCGAGAGGAAGGCCAACCUCGACAAGUUCAAGCAGAGCCAGGUCAAGUUCCUCAUAUGCACGGACGUGGCGGCGCGCGGCAUCGACAUUUCUGGACUGCCUUUCAUGAUCAACGUGACGCUGCCCGACGAGAAGUCCAACUACGUGCACCGCAUCGGGCGCGUGGGGCGCGCCGAGCGCAUGGGGCUCGCCAUCAGCCUCGUGGCCACCGUGCCCGAGAAGGUAUGGUAUCACGGCGAGUGGUGCUCGUCUCGGGGACGCAACUGUUGGAACACCAACCUCAUCGAUGACAGGCCGAAGGGGUGCUGCAUGUGGUAUAACGAGCCACAGUAUCUGGCGGAUAUUGAAGAUCAUCUGAAUAUAACCAUACAGCAAGUUGAAAACGAUAUGAAGGUGCCAAGCAACGAAUUUGACGGUAAAGUCGUAUACGGACAGAAGCGAAAACAAGUUGGCUCCGGUUACCAGGACCACGUGAGUCAGAUGGCGCCAGUAGUCCGUUCCUUGCAGGAGUUGGAAUCGCAAGCACAGUUGUAUUACUUGAAGGCGAAUCACAAAAUCGCUGUAGCA